AAUACAUUGGCAUAAAACACAUUGUGCUGAUGAACAUGGGAAAUCAAUCUGGAAGGUAAUUCUUAGGAGAAAAGAAAAGAAAAUGAAAAAAGUGCGAGCUCUGCGAUUCUUUAGCAAAGAUGUACUGUGAAUCAGAUCAAGCCAUCUUGUGCUGGGAUUGUGAUUCCAGAGUUCAUGGUGCCAAUUUUCUUGUUGCUAAACACCAAAGAACUCUUCUCUGUCACCUCUGUCAAUCUCCAACGCCCUGGAAUGGCUCCGGAACGAAGCUCGGCCCGACUGUUUCCGUUUGUGAUAAUUGCGUCGAUCAGAAUGAUUCUAGAGAGGAGAUUAACGACGAAGAAACACGCGAUGAUGACGAGGAGGAGGAGGAGGAAGAUGAUGGUAGUGAAGAAGACUAUGAUGGAGACGGCGGUGAUGAUGAAGAAAAUCAAGUUGUUCCAUUGUCAUCUACGGCGCCACCGGUUUCCAGCUCCUCAACGAGUGAAGAAUGUUCCGCCGGUUUCACAACGAGACGGUAGUAGAUCCGAUCCUCUUCUCGAGUAAGCUAAUGUUUCUGUUUUGAUCAUCCAACACACAUCAUGAAUUUUGUCAAAGAUAUCAGCUUCUCUAGAUGCCUUUUAUUUCAUCCAAAACACCAGAAAUAACAA